AUGGAUGACGACACAUCCGACGGCCCCCCACCGGAGCGUAGCGCACGGGUACGACCGAAACAUCGCAGCGCCCUUCCGGCGGUGCGCCGCCAGAGAGCGGUUGACCCGCGUUUUAGCGACCUCUACGGCACCGUUGACCAGAAGCAGUUUGAAGUCCAUUACAAGUUCUUGCGAGAGCAGCAGGAGGAGGAAGAGACACAUCGCAGAAAUCGCAUACGCCGCCUGAAGUGCAUUGCCCGGCGCGGCGAGCUUGAGGCAAGCGGUGCGGACUUGGAGGAGUACGAUCUUUCAGAAACUGAGCGGGAGGUGUUCGGGGAGGACCACCUCGAUGAGUUGUCCGCGAUGAAACUUUUGCCGCUGCAGGACGUGCAGAGAGAACUUCAGCAGCUGCAGCGCGAGUCGCAGUUGCACGUGUCGCGAACUAAAGGCCGCCAUGUGCAAUCAAGUCGCGACACCCUGCGAAAAGAAAUCAUUAAACGAGAGGCGUUAGCAGUGAAGGAGGGGAAGAAGCAGCGGCCAUUCAUCCCAAAGCGGGCGCAUCUCAAGCGUGAGAUACUCGCCGACACGUUUGAAAGGCUUGAACGAAAAGGCGGAAAGGGGGCGGUGGAAAAGUACGUGGGCCGCAAGAGCCGGCGAUGA